AAUAGUUUUAUACAAUGAAUAAGUUGUUUUUCAAGAAAUAAUAAUUUUGGAAAAUACAGUUGUUUGCUUUUUGUUGAGAGCUAGAUGAGAAAAUGUAUGUUACUCACACAUCUGAUGUUAGCUGAGCUUAGCAUAGACACUGGAAACAGAAGGGAAACAGCCAGCUUGCAUCACAAAGGUCAGAAUAAUUCCUACAGCACAUCUUAGGCUCGCUAUUCAACAUGUUGUAAAGGUGCUCUAUGUUUAUGCCGUUGCUACAUCGAUGUUAACGUUAGCAGAUGUUACGACCAGUCUUAUUUAGCAGAAACUAUGUGAUUAUUUCACUUGCCAAGAGCUGCCUCAUAUUCUGAUUACUGAAGUUAGCAUGCCCAAUGUUUUGGUUUUAUGGACAGUUAUGAGUGAGAACGAUUUCUUCUUCAAAAAGUCAUUUUAUACCCUAUACAACGUCAAAAAGUGGAUAUAACCUGGCUUUAACCUCUGGCUCUUACUUCAUAUUUACUGAAACCCUGGGAGCCAAGAAAGCAAAGUAAACAGGUUUCAUAAUGUGUUGAACUACUCCUUUAAGUAAGGUUUUGAAUACGUUUUAUUUUAGAAAGUCACAAAUGCUUAUUGUUCAACAUAACUAACUAAACAAUAUUUCCUUGGAUGAACUCACUGAAUGCUAGUGGAAAAAAUGGGCUUGAAAUAUUAGCUAAAAACUUCCCAGACAAAAAUAAAUCAUAGAUGAGGAGAUUAAUACCUCUCUUAGUUAGCUUAGCAUAGAGCAGGAGAAGUGGCUUGCUGUCAGAAAGUGGAAAACCCACUAAAAUGAAUGUCUACUGCUCACUCAUAAGGAAAUGAUACCUUUAUAACUGGUGGUUAUGUGUCACUGCUUUUCAUGAAGACAACUUCCACAACUUUUCGGUUUUACGCUGCAGAUCAAACAGAAAAGAUGUAAUAUAUUAAUCAGUGAGCUGUGUGAAGGCUUUUGAAAAGUCAUGUGGCUUCUUGGACAGAUGUGAGAGCGGCAUCAAUCAUCUCACCUAACUCUCAGCCAGAAAGCAGGGAGGCACAUGUGUUUAUUCACCUUGAGUUAAAUCCAGGGUUAAGGGUUGAGUCUUGAGAACACUUACAGCACGAGAUCAAGAUUUUGAUGGACAGCAAACAUUCCACAGCAUGUCUGAUUCACCCCAGUGAUGUGGACCAUAUCUUUACCGGGGAACAGAUGUAGUCUGCAAACCGCCUGUAUUGACAGCAUUUUUCACAAUUUCCAUGUGCUGUGUGUGUGUGUGCGAGUGCAUCAUUACAUUCCAAACAAGGGAUUAUUUCACAUACAUGGCACUUAACCCAUUGUGAAUGACAUUUAAAUCUGUGUGUAAAUGAUAUUGCACCUAUUCAACCUGUGUUUUGAGGACAUUUGGUUGUGUUCCAGUGGACUGAUGACGCAGAUAUGAAGAGAUUAACAUGAGGACGACUGAAGCAGCUCACUCCUCACUCUCUUGUGCGGGUGACGGGCUGAACUGAGAUGUUUAAGCUGCUAGCAUGUAAUCUACCUAUAUUUUUCCUAUGUAUGCAGUGAUACUGAAACAAUUUAAGUGAAACUAUUUUGUUGAUGAUAUAGUAGAGGAUAUUUAUUUGAAAAGAUACAAAUGGACAAACCUGAUGUAUAAGCUAGCACUGAUUUGAAAACACUUUAAACUUGUUGGUUAUGUAGCAUAAGUCUGAAAAAAGAGAAUAUUCCAAAGCAUUUCUUUUUUUCUUUUCUGAGGGAUGGUUUGUGGAGUGAGAUGAACAAGGCCGGAUUAAAAACCCCAAGAGCCACAGUGUUCACUGUGUCAUCUGCUGUGUAGUCAUUUAUAUUUCAAAUUAUAUAUUAGAAUAAAAGAGGAAGUAUAUGCACCAUUAAAGCCCCAAAUCAACUCUUAAGGGCACAAAGGUUUAUUUUCUUAGUGUAAGAUUUUAUCUCAAAAAGGAUCUCACUGUGCCCAAAUGUCACAAAUUGUUAAACUGAUUAGAGCUUUAUGGAGUGAACUAGGCGGAGCUCCUAGCAUACCACAGAAUUCCACAUACAGUACAAAGGAAUGGGAGAAAAUGGGGGAUGUGAUGGAGGCCCAGAAGCUCAUUUUUACCCUGGGGCCCUGUCCCAGAUGAAUCCGGCCACGGAGAAGAUUGUGAACACCAUAGAUUUUAUUGCAAAUACACAGUCGACAUAGCCUUACUGUGUAUUUCUUGAAAAUAUAGACCUGCCUGCUGGUUCAUAUAGGUCUUGUGUAGCAAUUGGUCCUGUGCUGGUUUCCAGUGAAGCCACUGGUUGGCUGUGGGAAAUGUGAAAUCAAUUGUUCUUAGUAAUUUGUUGUUAACGUUUUAUUUAUUGUUUGCUUCUUCUUUUUUUUGUUUGUUAUAGAUGCACACCUGAGGGUGUGGUUCUGUGAAACGGGCUUCCAGCUGUUUCUCACAGCUUUUAUUGGGUCACUUUACCCUGAAACACUGUGUUCAGUUUUCUGAUUGCUGUUAUAUUUCUGUAAAUACUCUGUACAUGGGCAUUUGUGUGAUGCUGAGAGAGAUGAAAAUAGCUCUAUUUACAAUAAGAGAUGGUGUUAUUUUAAGUUUUAUUCCUGUUGUUUUACUAGGAAGGCAUUACAUAGCAAUAAACGUUGCACAGAGUUGACCUCAAAUAAUUUGCUCCUCCUAUCUUCUGUAGCUUGCUUCUAUUUUAUUCUUCAUUAGACGUGUCAACCAAAGCUUCUUUUGUAGCCAAAAUCCUUGCUCCUCUCCUUUCCCUUCCUCCCCCAUUUCCUGUCAUCCAUUGCUAUCCUUUAUCUCCCUCCCUUUUUCUUCUCCCCUCCCAUUAAUCCUUUUGCCUCUAGUCACUUUUUUUUCACCCUGCACUGCUCUUGACUUCAUUCCUGCUGUUCAGAAGUAUUGAAAUUCCUCCAGGUUGGACUACUGGUCCAAUCUGUUAAGCUGUUUUCUUUGUAGUGGGACUGGAGGGGGGCAGGACUUAUCAGCAGCUUCUGGAGUGUUGUUUUUUAGUCCUGCAGCAGUGUGAUGAUUAGACCUGCAUGAAGGUUAAAUAUUUUCUGGCGCAGUCUCUCAGGCCAGUGAUUUUUUUCCACACUGUGUAUCAUUCACAAGUGAACCACUUGAGGUUUUAAGCAUGUGGAGCGAUGCAGAAACAAGGGGAAGAAGAGUGAACCAAAACAUGCUCUUUCAUCUAUUAUCAUCCAUUUUUAUAUAAAACAAACCUUUAUAGGUUUGGAUUUCUUUGCACACUGAGAUAUUGAGGCAGUAUUUUUCCAGAUUUGAGUUGCAAUGCAGAUAAAUAACCAUUGGUAACCAUUACAAUAAUACUUCAAAUCAAGGCAGUUGAUUCAUAAACUCUCCAUACUGAAGAGAAAUGAAAUGACCUUUUUCAUUUCUCCAGGGUAUAUACAGUAGAUGAUAAUCGAAUACUGCUGCAACAUGUUUGACUUGACUUGCUGUGAUUUUUUUUGUCUUUUAUUGUAAUGGUGGAGCAGAGGAGGAGGAGCACUUCCAAACACGGACUGUGUAACUUAAAGCAAUGUGUACAAACUAUUUUAUAACUACUGUAAGGCAUUUGAAGAAAUCUAUGGGGUUAAUAAACCUGAGAUAUAUUUCUCUACAGAAAAUCUGUCUCCUUGAUUGAUAUGCAAAGUUUUCUGUGGUUUAUCUCGGCUGGAUUGGUUUUCAGCCUUGUGUGCUUUUGAUUCCGGAGAAACCGCCAUGCUUGUUUCACUUCUAACUGACAUGACGGAUGAUUACAUGGCAUGAGGGUGGAGACGGUUCUAUUAUCAAAAGGAAGCUGGUUACACAAUCCUGCACUACUCCUCGGACUGCAGAGAUAAAACUACUGAUUUAACAUAUUAUUAUUAUUGGUAAUAUUAAGAACAUGCACACCAGAUUGAUUUCAUGACCUCAGACCACUUCAGACUGCAUUGCCCUAAAGGUGCAGCUCAUGUUAUGGGAUUCCUCAUGUCUAUGUCCAUGUGCACAUUGACGGAGUCGUCCAUCCCUGUAAUCUCAUGAAACGAUGUAUGAGAAACGGGGGACAAAAUACACAACAAAGGGUAACAUCAGGUGACAGCAGUCUGAUUUGAGCCCAGGGCCAACAUUUGAAAUUAAAUGAAACGUUGCAAUCACAAUAGUUAUGUGGAAAUAUGUUCUAUCAGGCUGGAGCUUGGAGGAACACAUCAGGGGGAGUAGGUGAUAUUGUUCGUCAUUAUAUUAACUGCACCACACGCAUACUUUUCACUUCUCACAUGAAUGAACCUUGCGGAACACUUCCUGGUGUGACUGGGCCUUCAGAGGGAUGGAGUGGGAAUCCUCCUGGUGCUUCGUGUACAAAUCCCCCCCUCCUGUUUUCAGGGUCACUCAUUGCUCCGCUGCUGUAACAUUAACUCAAAGUGUAGCGUUUCCAAAGACUGACGGACCCAGGCAGGCUGUGGUUGAACUUUGGAAUUGCUUUUGCCAAGGAGUGGGAGAUAAAGUCGCAGCCACUGAGGAGGAAUAAUCUCCAGCAGUGAGCACGGUCUGUUGCAGGUCACUUCCCUCUGGCAGAGAGGACCAGGUUGAUGAAUGACUUGUUAUGGAGAAACACAACAGAGAUGCGCGUGUUUCGCCGUCUUUCAUUGGCUGCGGACAAACACUGGCUCUGAUUCGCUGCCUCUGAUGAGAGGCGGUGCGGGGAAAAAAAAAAAACCGAAAACAUUCAGAAUCGAGCACCGAAAUGGACGUGAGGCCCGCUGCAGCACGGACGUUAGCAGCGCCAAAAUGGCCGCCAACGCAGCUCAGUUGCAAGUUUGUUUGGCUGGCGCACACCCCCCCUCUCUCCAGGUGGGCGGGACUACUGCAGGGGUCGGCGUCACAUGAUCCGCGCAGAGCCAGGCUGACCAAUUCCAAUAUGGUGGCCAGCUUGGCAGGUCUACGGUUCCUGUUGAUGGUAUUGUUGUUCUGCGGGAUCAGGUUCGGCGCCUGCGGCCAGGAAGCUCCGCUGGUCCUGGGGCUGCGACUGGAAGACACGUCGGGCCCGGUGUGCAUGAAGAAUCGGAUCAUAUCUGCGCCAGAAGGAGCCAGUUUCACGAUCCGUCUCUUCGGGGCUGAUCUGAAUGGAAGCUGGCCGUGGGUGGCGUUUGCAGGGGCAGCUGGGGGAGCUGCCGCCGGGGCGGUCGGGGAUGCGCCCGACCCGUGCGGGCAGGAGUCCCGCCGCACAGAUUCCGCUUUCCAGGUGACGGGGAAGUUCAUCCCGGACGAGCACUCCACCAGCGGGCUGGUGGAGGUGGCGGUGCCAAAGAGGAACAUCUCUGCGGGAGCAGCUGUCGGAGAGCAGACUUACCACAACCUGUGCGUGCGGAGGGGAGGGAGCUGGGUAUCCGUGGGCCCGGACAGACUGCGGGUCAUCACCGACAAGGGUCUGCCCGCCGAACACAUCCAGCCGUGGGGUCUGGCGGUCCUAGUGGUGGUGCUGCUCCUGGCGUGCGGGCUGCUGAGGACAGUGAACCUGAGCCUGCUGUGGCUGGACCCCGUGGAGCUUUAUGUCCUCCACAGCUGCGGCUCCGAGGAGGAGAAACGGGCCGCCAAGCGCCUGGAGCCAAUCAGGAGGAGGGGGAACUUCCUGACGUGUUCCCUGCUCUUCCUGUGCGCCCUGGGACACUCGGCGCUGGGUGUGCUCCUGUACCGGGCGUUGGGCUCCAUCCUCUCCGCAGUCUUCACCAGCGGCUUCCUCGUCUUCUUCCUGGCCGAGCUGGGCCCUCACAUCGUGUGCUCCGGUUAUGGCUUCCAGCUGGCUCCGGGUCUGACCUGGCUGGCCCAGGUUUGUAUGGUGCUCACCUGCCCUCUGUCCUGCCCCCUGGGGCUGAUCCUGGACCUGGGGCUGAGGAGGGACAUCAGCACCUGCGGUAUAAGGGAGAGGGCCAUGGAGAUGAUUCGCACAAGCACCAAUGACCCUUACAGUGAGUUUGUGAAGGAGGAGUUCAGCCGUGGGACGCUGCGCAUUAAGACGGUGGAGGACAUUCUGACUCCUCUGAAGGACUGCUUCAUGCUGCCCAGCUCGGCCGUCCUGGACUUCUCCACCAUGUCUGAGAUCAUGCAGAGCGGAUACACGAGGGUGCCCAUCUACGAGGAAGAGAAGUCCAACAUUGUGGAAAUCCUGUAUGUGAAAGAUCUGGCCCUGGUGGACCCAGAUGACUGCACCCCCAUGACGACCAUCACAAAGUUCUACAAUCACCCGCUGCACUUUGUCUUUAAUGACACCAAACUGGACGCCAUGCUGGAGGAGUUCAAGAAAGGCAACUCUCACAUGGCCAUCGUCCAGAAAGUGAACAACGAGGGGGAGGGAGAUCCUUUCUACGAGGUCCUGGGAUUGGUCACGCUGGAGGACGUCAUCGAGGAAAUCAUCAAGUCAGAGAUCCUGGAUGAAUCUGACGGCUACUUGGACAGGAAAGUGAAGCGCCCUCUCCCUCAGCUGGAGAUUCCUCUGGAGCCUCGCAGUGCACACGAAGAGUUUUCUCUUUUCAAGCCUCCCGAAGGAGAACCCAAGAUCCGCACCUCGCCGCAGCUGCUGCUGGCUACACACCGCUUCCUGUCUAGAGAGGUGGAGCACUUCAGCCCUGGACGCAUGUCUGAGAAGGUCUUGUUCCACCUUCUCCGUCACCCCAGCGUCAACCAGGAAGUGCACUUUGACCCAAGCAACCGGCUGAGCCCGGGCCACUAUCUCUACACCCGCAACCACCCGGUGGACUAUUUCAUCCUGCUGCUGCAGGGCCGUGUGGAGGUAGAGAUCGGAAAAGAGGGGCUGAAGUUUGAAAACGGGGCGUUUACUUACUACGGCGUUUCUGCUCUAACGCUACCAUCUUCAGUGCACCAGUCUCCAGUAUCAGCACAGCGUCACUCUCACAUGGAUCCCUUUGAGUCAGAAGAGGCCACCAGCCCGUCCAGUUAUUGUCCUGACUACACCGUCCGAGCUCUCACUGACCUGCAGCUCAUACGGGUGACACGUCUCCAGUAUUUGAACGCUCUCAUGGCGUCUCGCGUCGGCCAGAGUCCAGAUCCUCCUGAGAUUAAGAUCCUGCCCAACAGUCAGACCAAGCUGCUCAACGACAGAAACACCACACAAGAGUUUCCUGUAAACUUUUCCUUCUUUGAUACCAUUGAGAACUACUGUUAGUAGUUUUUUUGCAUGAGGUGGGAGUAGUGCCCAAGAAAGCUCCACAGAAGAGGAGGCUCAUGGGUAGUGCAGUUCUGUCUGCACACUGUAAAAAGAAAAAACAUUUCUUUGUGUUUUAUAUAUAUUAUAUAUAUCAUCUAUGGCUGGAAAGUAGUUUUUGGACAUGACUGGAGUAAGACUGAUUUUAUUUGUCUAUUAUGUUGAUCCACUGCUCUCACUUCUCAUCUCCAGCCCAUUACAUUUGGAGUUUUCAAUUGCAAUCAUUAUUCUAUGUUGUUUUAUACACUUUGAAUUACUAUUUUACAAACACAAACAUUAUUUUAAUUUUGCUGUGCUUUUCUUCCAAGUUUAGUCUUUCACACUAAACUCUGAAUUUCCAUUCCUCACGUUUUCCUUGCUGGGUGCCAAAGCUACAUUUGAAUAUGGAUGAUGUAUGCGUGUGUGAGUGUGUGCAUGUUUGUGCCUGUGUACUCAAGCAUCCGUCCGUUUGAGACACUAAAAAACAGUCAAGCUGUUGGAAAGCAGAUUUGCACAUUAAAGUUGUGCACUGUCGAUCAUUUAAGCUAUUUUGGGGUACAUCUGCGCUUUAUAUCCUCAUGUAACAAUUCCGUCAGGCGUAGUGUGUAUAUGGCCAAAAAGGUUUGAACCGUGAAACAAUGAAGGAUGGUUUAUACUGUAAAUAUUCAAGGUUGAAACAAUAAAGUGUACGACUUCUGAAGUGGCACAAGAUCUGACAACAAUCAAGUUAGUAGAAGUUCAAAACAGCCAAAAUAUGAAUCUAAGAGAAGAAACAAGUUAUUAAAAGAAAAUUAAUCACCAACUAUUUUCACAAUCCAUAAAUGCAUCAUUUAAGUCAUUUUAAGUGUGCAAGAACAAUAGCGCAUCAAAACUUAACGGCGGAUAGUGGAUUUUAAAUAUACCGACCCCCCCAACCGCUAUGCUAACUUUGGAGAAAAUGUUACACAUUUUGAAAUAUUAUUUUUUGGACAUCAACUUUAACUGAUGUAAGUUUGUACAGCAUGGAUUCAUCUGAUUAAUCAGCCCCUAAUAUUCAUAUUGCUGUUGUUUCAAACAUACAGUUCCAAACUUAUACAACACAUUUAUAACUGUAUAGUUUUUAUUUGGGCAGUGAUCUGCCAUUUUUGGAAUCGGUGCUGGUAUUACAUUUCAAAAACCUUCAGAAACGAUACCCAGCCCUACCUUCACUGCAAUAGUUUGGAUUCAGUUACAGACAUAUCAUAAGUCGUUUUGCUGUAGGAACUAAGUAUUUACAAAUGUACUACUCCUUUCUUCUGAAAUACUCAGCUGUUACCCCCCUGUUAGACUUUCACUGGAUCGUCGUACAUUGAGGUACCUCGUGGUAUUUCACUGGCCCUGAAUCUGUGGUCCAGCAGAGAGAGCGCUGUGAAUCUGAGGCCUGAUCUGAACUCACUGAGUCAUUUAAACCCAGGAACUAGUCAGAUGCUCCCAUUCUGUCCUUAAACAUCCAUUUGCUCGGCCAAGGAGAUUUAUUAUUAAUAUUGAAGCACCUUGUUUAUCGUCCUGUCUGAUUCUCACGUAUUUGAGUUUGUUAACAUUCCAGUACAUGUUCACAUCUGUCUAUGAAUGUGUGAGUCUGUGUGUGACUGUGAUAUUCUGCAAUAUUUCGCCAGUACAUGUCAGCAAGCAAGCAUCCAGUCAUUAUAACUCAAUUAAACACAUUGUGGGUUCUAUAGCUCAAUAUGCAUUUUAAGCUUUUGUCAUCCAACUCAUUGUUAAAUGAACAUGUGGACUAUGUUAGAAAUGGCUUUUAAAUAACAUUUCCUGUGUUUGUAUAUUAAUGUAUUAUUGAUGAGGAGACACAAUGAGGCAUUAAGAGCCAUUUAAAUGAACCAGUGCUUUAAUGAAAAUUGUUUUGGAGUUUUCCAAAUGUAUUUUAAUGAAAUACUCACAAGCCAUGAUUGUUGUGAAAGUUACGGGACACCGUAAACAUUCAGUCCGUUCAUACUGGAUGAGGCUACACUGUGAAAAAUUCGCAAAAAUACACCAAAAGUUUUCCAUAAGGAGUAUGUUGGUAAAAACUACUUUGUCUUAUCCCCGCUCAAAGGUAGUAAUCAAUGAAUGUGAAGUAUACAACAUGCAUGUGUCCUAGAAGGAAUUCUAUAGAUUAAAUUGCACAAUUGUCAAUUACAGUAGUUAAUUGUUUAAUUUAAAUUUAUCAAAGCUAAAAUUAGUUGGUUCCAGUUUCACACAUGUAAGAAUUUGUGGCCUAAAAUUAUAGUAAACUGACAAACAGUCCAAAACAAAAAGAAGACAUUGGAAAAUAUUGUCUUAAGCUCCUUGAAGCAAAAAACAGAAAUGAUUCCAAAAGUGACAGAGAUAGUCUGGAAGAAAUUUAGACUCAGAUUAUUAUGUCGUCACACUGUUCAGUUGCUGUGUGACGCUGCAUCAGUGUUUUUAUGAAGUUAUCUGACAUCGCCACAAAUUAGCCAAAGCUAUUAGGAGGCUUCAACAGUCGUGAUUUUGCCAACUCCAGUCAGUCACGUCUGGUGUUUCCUCUCAUCUCAAUCUAGGCCCGAUCACAUAACACAAGAAACUCUUUUAUUAUUAAUAAAAAACUAAAGCAGCGGUGCAAAAAAAGAACAAAUAUAAAAGCUAAAUCUUCAAGAUGAACAAUUUGAUAAGAUAAAUAUGCAAAUGCAUAAUUCACAUGCUUCACCACUCCUAUACAGUGUCCACACACAGCCACAUUCGUUGUCCCCUGUAGACAAUAUUAAAGUGAUGGUUUGGAUUGACAUUUAUGUCUUUAGAUCGAUCAUCAGUACAACACAUUAAAUACUUUGUUUAAUGCCUAGAACAUUCCCAAGAUGCCUUUCAAUGCAAAACAACCAAAAACAGAUUCAUAUUCUGUUACUUUUGCAACCAGUGUUGAACUGAUACUGCAAAGCUUUUUUUAAUUUGCUGCAAACCAUUUCAUUCGAAGCCACAAUUUCACUUGAGUGUAUUUUUGUCCAUUGCAGUGCAGUCGCGGCACAAAGGGGAUAUUCUCACAGUGAGCGUUGAGUAUGACUUGUGAGUAUUGUAUUAAAAUGACCUUGGGUUGUUUGAGUCGGCUCUGCCCCAGCUGUUACAUUACCUCCUUUUCUGUCUUUUUGAAAUUUGAUUCCAUGUGUGUUUGAUUCUUUCAGUGUUACCACUCGAGCAUUUUGCCAUAAUUUUUUUUGACUGAUUCUGAGUAAAUAUUUUUCAGCUGUUUACUUAUUGUUUUGUUGUAAUAAGUUCAUUUCUAUGGUAUCAAAAGACUGAAUGUCGAAACGAUAAUCAUUACUUUGUGCUUCUUAUACUGAUGAAGAUGUUUUUUGGGGGGUGAUGAUGUGGAGAGCUGUGUGUUAAUAUAUAUAUAUGACUGCUUGGAUAGAAUAUAAUUUGAGGUUGUAGUUUAUAGGUAAGCAAAUCUCAGUGUUUCAGGUACAAUAAUGAGUUAUUGAGAACUAAACAGUUAAAUCAGUCGAUCUUGAUUCCCAAGUCACAUUUGUAGAGAAUUUAUCUUUGGUUUUGGGAAUGCUGCCAGUUUUGGGUGCAUUAUGACUCCAAUGCAUUUAACACUUAAACAAGUUUCUUAGGAAAUAAAGUCAA